AGCAGCUCCUCCGAUCCUUUUUUGAAGUGAUCAGAGCCAGGAUUUGAUUUCACAAAUCAAGGGACUCACUCACUCUUUCCUUCUUUCUCUCUCUGAAAUGGGUUUGAGGGAAAACACCAACACCAACAACAUCAAUAAUAAGAAUUUAUACCGUCACAAUAAUAAUAACAACCCAAGUUUCAUUGAGUGGCUCAAACCAUCUUCAUCUCUAACUAGUUCACUAUUUUUAUCAUCACAAACUCCACCUCCCUGUGUGACUGAUGAACACCGAGAAACUAUAGAGUUUUUUCCCAUUUUAAAGGCUUCAGAGGGAGAGCAUGGAGUGGGGAACAAUCAUCAUCAUCAUCAUCAGAAGGAAGAAGAAGAAGAAGAAGGUAUUGAGGUGAAAGAAGAGAAGGUGGAACAACAACAACAGUUGAUGACUGUGGCUUUGCACAUUGGAUUACCAACAAACAACACAGUAGGAGUUGGUGCUGCUGAUGAUGAUGAGAAAAAGAAGGUUUUGCAUGUUAAGGAGGAGGAAGAAAAACAAAAAGAAGAAGAAGAAGAAGAUGAAGAAGAAGAAAAGUUGUUGGAGAGAAGAUUAUUGGAAAAUUGGUGGUUAAAGCAGGAAGAGAAUAAGAGGUUUUGGAUACCAAGUCCUUCACAGAUCCUUGUUGGACCUAUGCAGUUUGCUUGCUCCAUUUGCAGCAAAACUUUCAACAGAUAUAACAAUAUGCAGAUGCAUAUGUGGGGGCAUGGUUCGGAAUUCAGGAAAGGGCCAGACUCACUGAGAGGAACACAACCUGCGGCAAUGCUAAGGCUACCAUGUUAUUGUUGUGCACAAGGUUGCAAGAACAACAUCAACCAUCCAAGGGCAAAGCCAUUGAAGGAUUUCAGAACUCUGCAAACACACUACAAGAGAAAGCAUGGCACCAAGCCCUUCAUGUGUAGAAAGUGUGGCAAAACAUUUGCUGUUAAAGGUGAUUGGAGGACUCAUGAGAAGAACUGUGGUAAGCUUUGGUAUUGCACUUGUGGUUCCGAUUUCAAGCAUAAGAGGUCCCUUAAGGAUCACAUUAGAUCCUUUGGUAAGGGUCACUCUCCUCAUCCUUCUCUUGAAGGUUUUGAGGAUGAGAAGGAAUGCAUUACCACUGGCUCUGAUGAAGAUGAACCUAAGUAGUUCAAUUAAAUUCCUCCUAUUUAAAUAUAUAUAUAUAUAGUAUACACCAUCUAAUAACUAACAUUUUUAUAUGUUCCCAUAAGUAAGUUAUAUAUCUAUGUCAUGGUUUUAAAUUAUGGUUGCAGUUGUAAUGCUUUGAAAUAAUGUUGAUACAACAAAAAGUAUUACAACAAUGAUAGAUGUAACUUCAAUUUAAAACCAUGAUUUCUGCACUAGCUUGUGCUCAGUAACAAAAAAUUCUCAGUAAUAUUGAUGCUUGUAGGGCAUGAAAAUAUAGAGAGCAGUUUGCUACCGAGCACUUAGCUUAAUUGCAGCUUUAUUAAUUUUAUAUGUAGAGAGAUAUGCAUGCAUGGAGGAGAGUUAGUUUUCUUAUUUGAUUGUUGAUUAAUGAAUAAGAAGGUUGUCUCAAGUGAUGAAGCAUAUGAAUUUUCUUCGGAGAUCAGAAUUAAUUAGUAUGUAUGUGUUUAUGUAUUGAAUGAAGGAAAUUUAAAUGCUUCAUUACUGAACUACUAUGUAAUCCUCGGAUAUUAUU